AUGGGCUAUACUGCAGCUUUCAUUCAAUGGGGAAUUUUAUUAGGAGGUUCUUAUUACCUUUAUCAAAAGAUUACUGAGAAAUCUAAAAAACCAUCGAAUGGAAAGAGUGAAUUGAAGUCCCGUAGAAAUUUAAAAGUUAACAAAAAGAAAAAGAAGUCCUCUAAGGCCACUUCGAAAGAAGAAGAGUUUGUAAAGGCUGACGAAAGUCAAAAGAAGGUUGCUCUAGGAAAGCCUACCAGUUUGUCCUCAGAAACUGUGAAAGCGGAAUCUGAAAAGCCAAGCAAAGCUGCUUAUGUUAGUGAGAAGAAAGAAGACACGAUCUCUAACCCACCACGCAAGCAACAAAAUGCUAAAGGAAAAGAGAAUGUCUCGAAAAAGGAUGAUCUUCAGCAUGAGCAGAACAUUAGCUCUAGUCCGGUAGCUUCAACGAAGUCGGAAAAACAAAAUGAAGAGCCCGAAAAUAUUGGUUAUUCGCGUUCCAGUACACCAGCUUCUUUAAAAUUGAAAGAGACUGUAAAGGUGAUGCAGACUCCCUCUUCGGACUCGAGGAAUAACGAUGAUGAUUCCGAUGAUGGUUUCCAAAUCGUUUCUAAAUCUAAAAAUGGAAGAAAAUCAGUGUCUUCUUCAAUACCUCAAACGAAAAAGCAGCGCCAAAAUCAACAGCGGAAAGAAAAAUUUAGAGAACUGCAGGAAAUCGCUGAUCUUGAACAGCGAAAAAAAUUAGCAUCCCACAGAAACGAACUAGAAAUGAAUAUGAAACGAUCAAAAGUAGCUAGUCCGAACAGGUUUUCUCCCUCUUCUUUCGUAGCGGUUGGCCAAGCUGGUUCCUCUUCCAGCACUCCCAGAUAUGAUACGCUUUGGUAA